UGUCUCCCCUUCUCUUUCUCUUCUCCAUUGUGAGUCUCCCCUUCUCUUUCUCUUCUCCAUUUUAAGUCUCCCCUUCUCUCGCUCUGUUUUAACUGGGAGUCUACCCUAUACACUUUCUGGUACCUUUUGAUUGAGCCCUGUGAUCUCUCUCUGGUUAUCUGGGCAGCCAUAUUUGCACUUCAGAGAUGAGGUGAGUGUAGGCAUGGCCCCUGGAUGGAGUUAUAGAUGGUGCUACUGGGUGGAUUAUGAGGACAUAUAAGAGCAUGGAGCUGAGAAGCAUGUGCAAUUCAGGAGGCUUGGACUGCAGGCAAAGUUCAGAAGUUUUUGCACCAGCUGCUGACCCAUCGUCUACCCAAGCCAUCCAGGCUGCUAUCCAUGCUUCCAAACAUCAGAAACGGAGGCCCAAAAGCCUCUCUUUUCUUAGCAGUGAGCUCCCGGGCCAUAGAGCAGAACUCUACCCUGGGGCCCUUGGUGGGUUUUUGGAUUUUCUGAAGCAGCAGUCAGGAUUGAGGUGUGAUUCGUCAGGGGGUGUCCAUGUCCUAGAGCCUUCUCCUUGGCAGAGUCCAGAUAUUGCACCACAUCAUCCCCUGAGUAUGAGUGUCUUGGAGAUCCACCAUGUUGAUAGGGGGCAGUCGGGUAGGUGUUGGGCAGAACAUGAUAGCAGUCUGGGAGGGAUGAGCAGUAGCUCUGGUUUCCUGAGAGGAAGUUCCCUGUGGAGCAGCCAGCGAUGGAAUAUGUUUGGGAGAAGAUCUCAGGAGGCUUCUAGGAGGACCUUCUCCUCCCUGCACAAGAGCUUCAGUUUCCGCAUGCGCAGGACGGCAGAUUCCAGCAAAGGGGAAGAGCAGAUUGAGAAUAGGGUGCGGAGCCGCAGAGAGGGAGAGGAUCUGAUGAAAUUGGAGUCUCCUGUGGAGAGGAGUAAAGAGGACAGGACUGGUUUAUGGAGGUUGAUCACUGCCCCUUUUAGAAAGAAAGAAUAUGGCACCAUGAACCAAAUCAGGACUGGCACUAACUCUGAGCCUGUGCUAAUUGACAUGAUAAGAGCAGAAAGCAGAGCCCGUAGGAACCUUCAGGACUCAUUUGUCAACAGCCAAGAAUGGACUCUGAGCAGAUCAGUACCAGAACUAAAGGUGGGCAUUGUGGGUAAUCUGUCGAGUGGAAAGUCGGCGCUGGUGCACCGGUACCUGACGGGUACAUAUGUACAGGAGGAGUCUCCAGAAGGGGGCAGGUUUAAGAAAGAGAUUGUGGUUGACGGACAGAGCUAUCUGCUGCUGAUCAGAGAUGAAGGAGGGCCCCCCGAAAUGCAGUUUGCAGCUUGGGUUGAUGCUGUUGUCUUUGUCUUCAGUCUGGAGGAUGAGAUCAGUUUUCAGACAGUGUUUAAUUAUUAUGCACGUCUGUCCAGUUACCGCAAUACGGCCGACGUACCCAUGGUCCUGGUAGGAACCCAAGAUGCAAUCAGUGCUACGAAUCCUCGGGUGAUAGACGACUCACGGGCACGCAAGCUCUCCAAUGACCUGAAGCGUUGCACUUACUAUGAGACGUGUGCCACCUAUGGGCUCAAUGUGGAACGUGUCUUUCAGGACGUGGCACAGAAGGUGGUCGCUAUCCGCAAAAAGCAGCAGCUUUCCAUUGGUCCGUGCAAGUCUCUGCCCAACUCUCCCAGCCACUCAUCUGUGUCUGCCGCCUCCAUACCGUCCAUGCACAUGAACCAGGCCACCAAUGGCGGGGGGACGUUUAGUGAUUACUCCUCCUCUGUCCCAUCCACCCCCAGUAUCAGCCAACGGGAGCUGCGCAUUGAAACCAUUGCAGCCGCCAGCACCCCGACUCCCAUCCGCAAGCAAAGCAAGCGCCGCUCCAACAUCUUCACUUCUCGGAGGGGCGCAGAGAUGGACAGAGAGAAGAGGGUCCCGGAGUGUAAAACUGAGAAUGUUGGCAGUGGAAGAGCCAUUCCUAUCAAACAGGGAAUUCUGUUGAAGAGGAGUGGGAAAUCUCUAAACAAGGAGUGGAAGAAGAAGUAUGUUACACUGUGCGACAAUGGGAUCUUAAGUUACCACCCCAGCCUGCAUGAUUAUAUGCAGAACAUUCAUGGCAAACAAAUUGAUCUUCUCCGCACCACCGUUAAAAUUCCAGGGAAGAGACCCCCAAGGGCCAUAAGUGGGACCCCUGCAUUUGGAAGCCAAUCGUCUUCACUUCAAGGUUGUGCUCAUUCCAGCGUGUCUCUUCCCUCGGAGCGCUCUCUCAGUGGACUCAGCCUGUCGGCAUUCAGUGGGAAAGGAGAUGGGGGAGCCAUGGCCCAGCGCUCAUUCUCUGUGUGUAGUGGGGAACAGUGGGGAGACAGCGCCACAACUGUUUCUCCCAGUGACUCUCUUACUGCGGCCUCUAACCUAGGAGGGACCACCAGCCCCAGAUUGGAUCCACCCCCUUCCCCUCACGCCAACCGAAAGAAGCACCGCCGGAAAAAGAGCAGCGCCCCCCUUCGGUCAGAAGGAAAUCCCGGGCCAGGAGAAGAGCCGGAAGAGUCCUAUGGCUUCGUUAUUGUCUCUCUGACUGGCAAGAGCUGGCACUUUGAGGCGUCUCUGUAUGAGGACCGGGAGCUCUGGGUUCAAGCCAUUGAGAGUCAGAUUCUGGCCAGUCUGCAGGGAUGUGAAAGCACCAAGAACAAGGCACGUCUCGGCAGUCAGAGUGACACUGUCGCCAUUCAGUCCAUUCGGAGCAUCCGAGGGAACAGCCUGUGUGUGGACUGUGAUACUCCCAAUCCGGACUGGGCAAGCCUGAACCUGGGUGCUGUUAUGUGUAUAGAGUGUUCAGGCAUUCACCGGAACCUUGGCACUCACCUGUCCCGCGUACGUUCCCUCGAUCUUGAUGAUUGGCCGGUGGAACUAACUAUGGUUAUGAUGGCCAUUGGAAACAGCCUUGCCAAUAGUGUGUGGGAGCACUCAACUGAGGGGUACAGCAAGCCUGGCCCAGAGAGCUCCAGGGAGGAGAAAGAGCGCUGGAUUCGGGCUAAAUAUGAGCAGAAGCUGUUUGUGUGCCCCUUGCCAGCCUCUGAUGUGCCCCUCGGGCAGCAGCUACUCCGGGCGGUGGUGGAGGACGACUUGCGCUUGGUCGUGACUCUUCUGGCACAUGGAUGUAAGGAGGAGGUGAACGAGACGUACGGAGAUGGUGACGGACGCUCAGCGCUUCAUCUUGCUGCCGCCAUGGCCAAUGUGGUGUGCACACAGCUUCUGAUUUGGUAUGGAGUGGAUGUGAAGUCUUGCGAUGCCCAUGGCCUCACGCCACUUGCCUACGCCCGCCGUGCAGGAAGCUGUGAAUGCUGCGAUAUCCUCCUGCAGUAUGGCUGCCCAAAUGAUGCUUGUAGCCCAACCCCUGCCCUAAGUGCCCUGUGACCUUUGCACAUCUUUAUACCCCCCUGAACUGGGAUCUCCAUGCCCUGUGAGUACUUUGGUCUUGCCCUUUAUUGCCCUGUGUACGGGAAUUUCUCUGCAUUGAGCAUGAGACUUUCAGCAGCCAGCAAUGUCUGUUGGGCAAAUAUACGGCACAAGCCUCUGAUCUCUUGAUGUGUCACUGACAGGGGCAGGUCUUUAUAGGAAUGUGACUAAGGCUCAACAUCAGCCACUAAAGGACAAUGACACUACAGACAAUGAUAUGUAUCAUAUAAUGUGUGUAACGUAGAGACGAGACAGUUGCACAGUUACCAACAGUAAUGUA